AUGCAGUGCCAUGCCUUGCGGUGCCACGUUGCGGUCUCGCUCUUGGUGCAAGAAAGAACAGGACAUCAGUCGUGCACGCAGCAACAGCUGGCGGGGGAGGCUGUUGCUACUUGCAGCCGCACCACAGAGUGUCAGCCAUUUGUCGAGCUCUUCGUGUACCAAAUGAACUGGACAGCGUUCAGCUGCACGGGCCAAGUGUCAGCAUUGGCGGUCCGGGUUCCACUGCAGUUCUUCACAGGCGGGCACGAGCACCGGUGGCAAGCAAUGAGUCAAGUCGAGUCAGGUACUUUUCACCACCGGUACUUUUCCAGCCACUUCAUCACUGGUUGCAUGAGGCACGAAGAGGCUUGGAUGGCACAGAUCUAUGGCAAAAAGCUGCGGCUUGGUGAUGAAGCAAUUGAAGCCUGUUCUUUGCUGUUCGGCCAACACUUUCAUUUUGCGUUGCCUUCCAAGUUGACUUGCUGGGAGUUGAGCAUGUGGCUUGUCGGUGGACCAGGUGGGGCUCUUCCAGAGUUGCAUCGAGGUCAACGUGAACGAACUGAACAACGCUCUCACCAUUGCAGCUUCUCUCGCAGAGUUUCGACAGAGCUGCCCUUGUAUCGCUGCGUUACUGGUCCAUCGGACAUCCUGUACUUGCCGGAUGGCUGGGCUCAUGCGACAUGUGGGCUUGCCACCUUCAAUGUCGGUGUCGGCUACAUCGGAUCUGUGAGCCCCUUGCCUCCACUGCACCGUGCUGCUGUCACUGGAGAUCUACAAGCACUGGACGAAGUUGCGACAAGUUCAGCUCUAUCAGGAGCUGAACUUGUUGAACUUGCAGGAGCUGGGAUGUUGAACGAAGCUGGACUCCCUCCUUUACAUUGGGCUGCCUGGAAUGGUCAUGUGGCAGUGAUGCGUAAGUUGAUGAACAUGGCCGGAUUGGCCGGGAAGUCGAGGACUCAGCCAGUGGUGGCCCAUGCGACCCAUGCGACCCAUGCGCUACGAUGGGCUGCAGCUCGGGGCCAUAGCUCCGCAAGCGCUUUCUUGGCACAACAGAUCGGACCACAUGCUCGAGACGAAGAAGGUGCGACCGCGCUACAUUGGGCAGCUACAACUGGACAUGUUUCAGUGAUGAAAGAGUUGUUGAAGCUAAAGGCAGAUCCCGAUGUUUCUGAUGACUUCGGAGCGCGACCAUUGCAUUUCCUUGCUGGUGAAGGUCAUUUGGCAGCCAUGAGACUCUUGAUCGCCCACAAAGCUGACGUAAAUGUGAUGGACACGCAGGGUGUGACAGCAGCACAUGCAGCUGCACAGUUUGGCCAUGCUCCAAUGCUACACCUACUUACUGCUGAAGGUGCGGCAGAAAAGGAUGAGAUCGCCGAAUUUUGCAGCAUUGAUGCCUGGGAGACAGGCACUGCUCCAGCAUGCUGCGCUUCAACCUUCAACGAUGCAGCGGACAUGGUGAAGGACAACGUGCCAGGUUCUUUGCGAAACAGCAAGGACUCGCGCACUUUCGAAAGUGGUGCCACUUAUACUGGCGAAUGGAAAGGGAGCAGCAGGCAUGGCAAAGGCGUGCAGAUAUGGCCUGAUGGUGCAAGAUACGAGGGCGAUUGGGCAGAUGACAAGGCAUCGGGAUUCGGGAGAUUCGAACACGUGGAUGGAGACGUGUACGAGGGCCAGUGGAAGAACGACAAGGCACAUGGCCAGGGCGUGUACUACCACGCCGAUGGCUCGAAAUACGACGGGCAGUGGGAAGAGGACAAGCAGCAUGGGCAAGGCAUCGAAGUAUGGCCUGAUGGGGCAAAGUACACCGGCUCAUAUGUCCUCGGAAACAAGAAUGGCAAAGGCACAUUCUCUUGGGCUGAUGGCUCAAGCUACCAGGGUGAGUUCAUGGGCAAUGACAUUCAUGGCGUUGGCGUGUAUCGAUGGAGUGAUGGUCGUAAAUUUGAAGGUCAAUGGGCCCACAACAGGAUGCAUGGAACUGGACUCUUCACCUGGGUGGAUGGUCGUAGCUAUGAAGGCGAAUAUGUCAACGACCAAAAAGAUGGCGAGGGCAUUUUUCGAUGGCCAGAUGGCCGUCAGUAUCAUGGUCAAUGGAAAUAUGGAAAGCAACAUGGGAUCGGUGUUUACUGCACUGCUCGAGGCGACAAACGCAAAGGCGAAUGGGAAGAAGGCCGAAGAACUUGCUGGCUGGGCCCGGCAGAGGCAUCAAACAAAGAGCACGACUGCGACACGGUGUGA